GCGCCCUCGGGGAGCCGGCCGGCCGGCGGCGGCGGCAGCGGCGGCGUCUCUCGCCUCGUCCUCGUCCUCUCUUCUAACCGUGCAGCCUCUCGCUCGGCUUCUCGUGCAAGGGACGGUGGAAGCCGCGGGCCCGGGCGGGAGCCGGCUGAGGCGCGGCGGCGGCGGCGGCGGCGGCGGCGGCACCUCCCGCUCCUGGAGCGGGGGGGAGAAGCGGCGGCGGCGGCGGCGGCCGCGGCGGCUGCAGCUCCGGGGAGGGGGCCGGAGUCGCCUGUCACCAUUUCCAGGGCUGGGGCCGCCGGAGAGUUGGUCUCUCCCCUCCUACUGCCUCCAACACGGCGGCGGCGGCGGCGGCACGUCCAGGGACCCGGGCCGGCUGUAAACCUCCCCUCCGCCGCCGCCGCACCCCCCCCGGCCCGGGCUCCGGAGGCCGCCGGCGGAGGCAGCGGCCGUGCCGAGGAUUCUCCGUCUCCUUCCCGUCCCGCGGCCGCCGCGGCCAGGCCUCUGGCUGCUGAGGAGAAGCAGGCCCAGUCGCUGCAACCAUCCAGCAGCCGCCGCAGCAGCCAUUACCCGGCUGCGGUCCAGAGCCAGGCGGCGGCAGAGCGAGGGGCAUCCGCUACCGCCAAGUCCAGAGCCAUUUCCAUCCUGCAGAAGAAGCCCCGCCACCAGCCGCUUCUGCCAUCUCUCUCCUCCUUUUUCUUCAGCCACAGGCUCCCAGACAUGACAGCCAUCAUCAAAGAGAUCGUUAGCAGAAACAAAAGGAGAUAUCAAGAGGAUGGAUUCGACUUAGACUUGACCUAUAUUUAUCCCAACAUUAUUGCUAUGGGGUUUCCUGCAGAAAGACUUGAAGGCGUAUACAGGAACAAUAUUGAUGAUGUAGUAAGGUUUUUGGAUUCAAAGCAUAAAAACCAUUACAAGAUAUACAAUCUGUGUGCUGAAAGACAUUAUGAUACCGCCAAAUUUAACUGCAGAGUUGCACAGUAUCCUUUUGAAGACCAUAAUCCACCACAGCUAGAACUUAUCAAACCCUUUUGUGAAGAUCUUGACCAAUGGCUAAGUGAAGAUGACAAUCAUGUUGCAGCAAUUCACUGUAAAGCUGGAAAGGGACGAACUGGUGUAAUGAUUUGUGCAUAUUUAUUACAUCGGGGCAAAUUUUUAAAGGCACAAGAGGCCCUAGAUUUCUAUGGGGAAGUAAGGACCAGAGACAAAAAGUAGGCUCCAUGCCCAGCGUGGAGCCCAAUGUGGGGCUUGAACUGGACUCUGAGAUCAAGGAGUCGGAUGCUUAACUGACUGAGCCACCCAGGUGCCCCUAAGCUAAUUUCUUUUUAACAACUUCAAAACAGAAACAUGAUCAUUUCCACCAUUUUAGCUGGUGGUUGUAUUGAUUCCUGGCUCCUUUUCUCCUUCCUCAUUUCUUGUUUUAUCUAUCUUUGUGAUUUUUUAAAAUUACAUCUAAGGAUGCCAAACUGCUGUGUAUUGGUGAUAGUUUAUAAAACGGAAUCUUAUAUUAGUGCUUGAUUUUAGUGAAUAUUGAUUAUAAUAGAUUGCCUUACAUUUCUUUAUAUUGUGUACACCCUGAGAUGAUAGUAGUGGAGUGAAUUCUAGAGGGCCUGAGAUGUUUACUUUGGUUCAUUUUUUCAUCGUCUAGAGGGAAACAGUUGGUUUUACUGAUUAAAAAUAUAGAAGGUAAUUGUUCUACACUUAAGUGAAUAAGUACAGGGCAGCACAGGGGAAAGAGAAUGGGAAGAAAACCAUAAACGGGUCAAGUAAAAGUACAGUAGCUGAAGCAGUGGUAGAAGUUUAGAGCAAGCAGGGUUGAUGAGCAGUAGACAUUGUAGUGGGAAAGAGAUCAAGUAAAAAGAAUUUCAAAUAAAAAUAGAGAAGCUGUGUAAUGUGGAGCCAGAACACUAGAUUUAAGCUCUUGGCUCUUAAAAUGUUUAUGUUACAUACUUUCUAAAAAAUAUGAUGAAAGCUAUAGUCUCCCACUAAAAAUGUGCAUGAUAUACAUGAACAUAAAAUUUUGCUUAUAGUUUUUAAUUACACUGAAAUUUUUUUUAACGUGGAAAAUAAAAGGAGUCUUCAUAAGAAUUAUGUCCCUUUUUUAAAUGGAAAAAAUAGUGGCCACUGUUUUCUUUUCUCAGAGGACAAUGAAUAAAUCUAAAUGGUUACAAAUUAAUCAAAAUUAAGCUUUAGUUCUGCCCAAUAGUAAGUUUUAAUGAAAGGGCUGCUAGUAUUUAAAUUUCAAGUAAUACAUUAAAACUAUGCCAUCGUCUUUGACUUGACAACUUUUAUGUCAUCUUUGAUAUCCAAUCAAUUUUGACUGUUUUUGGUGAAAACAAGUGCUUAAAAUGCUAUUUCACGAAAGAAUGAAAGAGCAAAUGGAAUCUCUAAAUUCUUUUGUCAGGUGAAAGUAGGCUUGUGUCAAAAAAUAGGAAUUCUCUAAGAUUUUUCAGAAAAAUUCAUGUUGCAUCAUUUUCUUUGCUGUUGGUUAAUGAGAUCAUUUUUGGCCAAAUCCUGGCAUAACACUAUGUUAGGAAGGAAAAGAUUAGAACUUCACAUUUUAGUUUUAAGGUUGAAACUUAAACUGUGCAAACGAGUUUGUAUUUUAUCCAGUCAACGGCAGUUAAAAUCCUGGCUGUAGAAUUUGCCUUCUGAAAACAGUGAACUUAGGUGUAGCAAAGCAUUUCAUAAUUGCUCCCACUUCUUGACAAGACCUCUUGAGAAGCCCUUGAUUGAAAGUCUUGGCUUUCCUGAAUUUGGCAAUUUUCAUAACAGUAGAUUUUUCAUGACAAAUCC